AGAGCGAAGCCUGCACCCAGGCACACAGGAGUGUGGACAGAGCGGAGGGACGAUGCGGUGAAGAUCCUUUGCUGCCCACCUGGCAGCAGCCUGGGCUCCACGCUUCACAAGUGCAGUGCUGCAUUAAAUGCCAGGCAAGAGCUCUGUCAUCAUGUCAGUCAGUGUCCACGAGAACCGUAAAUCCCGGACUAGCACCGGCUCCAUGAACAUCUUGCUUUUUCACAAAGCUUCCCACCCGGACUGCGUGUUGUCCCAUCUGAACACCCUGCGGAAGCACUGCAUGUUCACUGAUGUCACUCUUUGGGCAGGAAACAGGUCAUUCCCAUGUCAUCGGGCAGUGCUGGCUGCCUCCAGCAGAUACUUUGAAGCCAUGUUUAGCAACGGCCUCCGGGAGAGCCUGGAUGAUGAGGUGAACUUCCAUGACAGCCUUCACCCAGAGGUGCUGGAGCUACUGCUGGACUUUGCUUACUCCUCUCGGAUCAUCAUCAAUGAGGAGAACGCUGAGUCCCUCCUGGAGGCUGGAGACAUGCUGCAGUUCCACGACGUUCGAGACGCGGCGGCUGAGUUCCUGGAGAAGAACCUCUACCCUUCCAACUGCCUGGGCAUGAUGCUGCUCUCGGAUGCUCAUCAGUGCCGGCGGCUCUAUGAGCUCUCCUGGAGGAUGUGCCUGGUCAACUUUGAGACUGUUCACAAGAGUGAGGACUUCAACAACCUUUCCAAGGACACUCUGCUGGACCUCAUCUCCAGUGAUGAGCUGGAAAUUGAGGAUGAAGAAAAGGUCUUUAAGGCUGUCAUCCAGUGGGUGAAAUACGAUCUGGAUGAGCGGAAGGCUUAUCUCCCAGAACUCCUGAGGAACGUUCGUCUGGCCUUGCUUCCUUCUGAAUGCCUCAAGGAAGCCUUGGCUUGUGAGGACUUGAUCAUGGUAGAUGAAAGGAACAAGCUUGUCUUGGAUGAAGCUAUUCAGUGCAAGAAGAAGAUUCUCCAGAAUGAUGGGGUGGUCACCAGUCCCUGUGCCAGGCCUCGCAAAGCUGGGCACACCUUGCUGAUCCUGGGAGGACAGACCUUCAUGUGUGAUAAGAUCUACCAAGUGGAUCACAAAGCAAAGGAAAUUAUCCCCAAAGCAGACCUGCCGAGUCCACGGAAGGAGUUUAGUGCCUGUGCCAUUGGCUGCAAAGUAUAUAUCACUGGAGGCAGGGGCUCGGAGAAUGGGGUCUCAAAAGAUGUAUGGGUGUAUGACACUGUGCACGAGGAAUGGUCAAAAGCUGCCCCAAUGUUAAUAGCUCGGUUUGGGCAUGGCUCGGCUGAAUUGGAGAACUGCCUCUAUGUCGUUGGUGGACACACUGCAGUGGCUGGAGUCUUUCCUGCAUCUCCUUCUGUUUCCUUGAAGCAAGUAGAGAAGUACGAUCCCAUAUCCAACAAAUGGACAAUGGUGGCUCCUCUGAGAGAUGGAGUGAGCAACGCUGCGGUGGUGAGUGCCAGGCUCAAGCUUUUUGUCUUUGGUGGGACCAGCAUUCACCGAGACAUGGUGUCCAAAGUCCAGUGCUAUGAUCCAGCUGAGAAUCGGUGGAUGAUCAAAGCCGAAUGCCCACAGCCCUGGCGCUACACGGCAGCCGCUGUCCUGGGCAGCCAGAUUUUCAUCAUGGGAGGAGACACCGAGUUCACAGCAGCAUCUGCCUACCGCUUUGACUGUGAAACAGACCAGUGGACGCGCAUCGGGGACAUGACAGCCAAGCGCAUGUCGUGCCACGCUUUGGCCUCGGGGAAUAAACUCUACGUGGUGGGGGGUUACUUUGGGACUCAGAGGUGCAAAACGCUGGACUGCUACGACCCUACGUCAGACACGUGGAACUGUAUCACAACAGUGCCUUACUCGCUCAUCCCCACAGCUUUUGUCAGCACCUGGAAGCACUUGCCAUCGUGAUGAGGGUCAGGGCUCAGGGACUUGUAUCCAGGAGGUCAAUAAGAAGCAAAGCCCAGCCAGGAGCUCAGGGGAUGAUGCUGGGUGGUCUGUUGCAGUCCUGUGCAGUGACAAUUGAUGGGGACAACUCUGCACCUCCCAGGAGGUGCCUCCCAGGAGGUGACUUCAGGUGGUACCAGGAACAGGUUCUCCAAGCUGCCUGUCUCCAAAUUAAAAGUGGCUUUGCCAAACUAUCUGACCUGUGUGAUGCUCUCAUUUUCCUGGGACAGGGUCACAGAUGGGCUUGGGUCAAGGAGAGGAGCCCUUAGCUGGGUGUUGGGAUGGUCUCUGGGGACAUGGGAGCUGCAGGUUACAUGGUCCACGCAGGGAAGAUGAAAUGGAGAGGGGAGUCACUGCAUCCCUCUGGGCUGGCUCCUGAGCCUCAAAUACUCCCCUGGGGUGGAGAUUUCAGAGCUCCCAUCUCAAAACAAACGGGGAUGAGGCAAGCCCCAUAGCAGCUAGGAGCUUUUCAGCACCCGCAGGACCCUCCUCACGGUCUGGGUUGUAGGGAGCAGGCACUGGUGGCCAGGCGCUGCUCAGGCACUUCUUCCUGGGGCUUAUCUGAAAGCUCAGAGCCCAUUUUGUGGCUCCCCCCGGAGCCCUUUGGUGGGUUUGGCUCCCGCAGAGGCUGUGGGGUGGCACCAGCAGCAGGUACCUGCCGUUGGGUGGGCACUGAGCGGCCGAUGCUGCAGCCUUUGAGGCAGUUCUGGCACCUAAAAGCUGAUCUCUGGCCCCAAAACUGCAAGGAUUUAGGCAGCGUGCUGGGUCCAGAACUGUAUUCCGAUACCGUGGUCACACUAAACGUCGGAGCUGUUCAAUGGCUUUUCCUGAUUAUUAUAUUUAAUUACAGCUUAGAUAACAAGCCUUUUGCAAAGACAGUUUUACCGCUGGCUGCUUUGGCUUCCUUUCCACGUGGAGCAGCGCUUGGUCAGCCUUUACCUUUCCAGAAGCCGGAGGGUUUUGUUGUCGUGCAUUGCUCCCAGCUCCCUCCCCAGAGCCCUGUUCGCAGCCGGACACCUUCCUAUGCAAAAGCCCCAGGUGCCUGCAAACAGCAGCCUAAAAAGAAAAAACAACCUCAGGAUAAUCUCCCAGCUCCUAAACACGGCAGCUCACCUGCGUGCUGCGAGGUUGGUUGCUUGCAACCUGUUACAACCCCGCUGGUAUUGCCGGAACAAAGUCACAGCUGGUUUCUCUCAGUGGCUCCUAGGGAAACCUAUUUGCAUGCGUAUAAUAGCGAGGCCGGAUAAACAGGGACUGCAGAUUUUUUGCCGCUGCUGCUCUUUUCCAAGAGGCUGGUUGUCUCUGAAGCCAGUUUAUCAGGCAGCGUUGGAAGGGAGUGGCUGGCCUGGGGAGGAAAGUCGAUGAAAAUCAGGCUUUUCCUAACCCUGGGCAGAUGGAAACAUGUGCAGUCUGAGCUCGGCCCCAGACUGGAUUAAUCAACCCCCUUGGAAACAUCGGUUGUACGGAUGGUUUUGGAGGAACUGGUGGAAAAAGAGAAAAAGGGUCUUUUUGUUUUGUCUGUUCCAGUUCUUGGGCCCUCUUCCCUGCCUUAAAAAUAAAGCUAAAAGCCCCAUUUCCCUCAACUUUUCAUUCCCUUGUCAUGUCCGCAGAGGUUUCCUGGACAGCUCUGCCCAGCUCCCCGGUGCUCUGAGCCCUCCCAGCUGAACGCCCACUCUCUCCCCUCUCCUGCGAAAGCAAAGCACACCCCAAACCCCAACUAAACCGACUGCUUUCCACCUCCACCCACCCCUGGGGUCGGGGCAGGGGGCUGCCCCAGUAGCUGCCCACGUGCACCCCUUUUCUGGUGCAUCGCGCCAGCUGUAUCCUCUCCCGCACGGGCUGAGCCAAGUGUCACACCGUUAAUGAGCUUUGUCU